AUGGAAUCGAGCAUGAUACCACUGUCACCAGAAGUCUACAAUGCAGUCGACGCAGUCGAUCGUGCCCAACUUGCACAUCCCGCGCCGGCUCUCUUACGCGCCUACAUUCUCGAGGCUGUGCAGCCUCAAGCGGCCGCAGAUUACGUACAACACCGGCUAAGCGCCGAUGGACAUGCUGAUGCUCUUGUCGCCAAUUGGAUUUAUGUGAUUGACUCAGUUAUCUCUGGCGUGCAGCCGCGUGCUCCUUCACCGGAUGAGAUAAAGAACAUCACCAACCGAGACGGUAGAAUAUGUUGCGUGACGGGCAAACAGGGUAGUCUCUGGGACCCCGUUAUUGUCGCUCCUAUUUUACCUGUGCCAUCUGGAUGGCUCAAGGGCGAGCCCCGGGUCAUAGAGCUUCUCAACGCAUUCUUUGGCCGCCAGUACCUCGAUUGGUGGCGUCACUUCAUCGACAGGGCCGAGAUCUAUUCUCCAUACCACACUCACUGGCUCGUCCGAAAGAGCGUUCAUGAGGCCUUGCAGUGCGGCAUGGUCAAGUUGAAAAAACUGCCUUCAUCCAUGAUCGAGUUUAGAGUUGAGCAUGUUCUUAUUGACGAUGAGCAACCUGUGGAUGUGAAUGGCGUCAUUGCUCUGCUAGGCGACCAUUCAAGACAGGGAAUUGAAAAGGCCGAUGCACGACUUAUUGGUUCACAUGCUCGCUUCUGUAAAAGCAUCCAGCUAGUGAAGCUUGCUAGGGACAUUGCGCCUGGUCUGUUCUCUCAGUCGAGAACCAUGACGAGUUCCGCUCGACAUCAGUUGCCAGUGCGGAUUCCUUCUCAUAGCCUCGACCUGGGACGCAUAUUUCUACCCCCACUGAUGUGUUUGUGGCGCUUAUUCCCAUCUGCGCUUCGUAUAAUGACAUACGAGCUUUUGCGGAAAAUUGGAAACCGCUUCUACAACAAAGAUGGAUAUGCGCUAGUUCAGAGGUUGCCUUUUGGCCUAUACCUCAAGUGCAAUUCCGACUCAGACACUCUCAGGAACGAGUACAAUGCUCUCAAGGUUUUGGAGCGAAAGACAAGCAUUCUUGCCCCACGAGCAAUCGAUAUUGUUUCCCAAAACACUGGCGAUGAUGAUUUCAGCUACCUCCUUAUGACUCGUGUCCCUGGUACAUCCUUAGCGAUAUGUCAGGAUGCGCUCUCUGACCAAGACUGCGCAACCGUCUCCGCUCAGCUCAAAGACUACAUUUCCCAGAUGCGCGAUAUCCCCAACCCUUCUAAGAUGGCUAUCUGCAAUACCUUGGGCGAAGCCUGCCGUGAUCCUCGAAUUCGAGAUUGGGCCCCCAUCGGACCUUGUCCAGAUGAAGCAUCGUUCAGCCAGCAUCUACGCUUUUCCGACGAGCCCAGCCGGCGUGGACACAAGAUUGUUUUCACGCAUGGAGAUCUUAACCCUCGCAAUAUUAUGGUAGAAAGGACGACAAACUCUACUGGAGCUCGGGGGUGGCGGUUGAGUGGCAUUAUAGACUGGGAAACGGCAGGAUAUUACCCUGACUACUGGGACUAUACGAAGAGCAUGUUCGAGUCUUUUCGGUGGACGAGACGGUACAAUACCAUGAUAGAAGGCGUGUUCAGUGAGUUUGGGGACUAUAGCGAUGAAUUGGCUGUAGAGAAGCGGGCUUGGGAGUCAGGGGAUGGUAUUUAA